UCGGGCGGAGGAGCAGGAAAGUGAUUGUGAGACUCAACAUUUCCUGCCUCUGGAGACGGGUCUGAAGUGGAAGUCCCUGAAGAUUUUCUUUUCCAACCCGGGUGAGCUCUAGCUGGGCUUGUCCAAGUAGCUGGACUCUCCCAGAACCUUUCCCUGUUUCCCUGGGCAGAGAGCAGCGAGACGGAGAAGACUCAGGAAAGGAGUUGCCAUUCUAUUAGGCUGAUUACGCUCCAGAGAUCCAGGGAAUAUGGACAUUAGAGAAUACUUUGCAAGGAUUGGCUAUAAUCAUUGCAAUGAGAAGCUGGACUUGGAGACAUUAACUGAAGUGAUGUGGCAUCAUAUUCAAGCUGUGCCCUUUGAAAACUUGGACAUUCACUGUGGAAUACCCAUAGAGCUGAAUUUAGAGGCCACAUAUAACAAAAUAGUGAGGAGGAAGAGAGGCGGGUGGUGUCUAGAAGGAAAUCACCUUCUCUUUUGGGUCUUGACCACAAUGGGGUAUGAGACCACAAUUUUAGGGGGAUAUGUUUACAAUCCCUUAAAAAGGCAGUAUAGCACUAUGACUCAUCUGCUCCUAAAAGUUACAAUAGGUGAGAAAGCCUAUAUAGUGGAUGGGGCAUUUGGCCGUUCUCACCAAAUAUGGCAGCCAAUGGAACUGGUUUCUGGAAAGGAUCAACCUCAGACUUCUUGCAUCUUUCGAUUAAAAGAAGAGAAUGGAAUCUGGUACUUGGAUCAAAUAAGACGGAAACAAUUCAUUCCAAACUCAGAAUUUCAUAACUCUGAUCUCUUAGAAAAAAAUGAAUUCCAUCAUCUCUACUCUUUUACUCUUCAGCCACGAACAACAGAAGAAUUUAUGUCUGCAAAUACCUUCCUUCAGAAUUCCCCCCAGUCUGUGUUUACAAGUAAGUCUUUCUGUUCUCUGCAGACAGUAGAUGGAGUUUACUGUUUAGUUGGCUGGACUCUUACUCACAGAAUAUUCAAUUACAAGGAAAACAUGGAUUUGGUAGAGUUUAAGAUUCUGAAGGAUGAAGAUAUUGAGAAGAGCCUGAAGGACAUAUUCAAUAUUUCCCUUGACAAAAGGCUUGUCCCAAAGCAUGGUGACAAAUCUUUUACCAUUUAGUAAGAGAAAAUACAGUAGCACCUGGGGUGAUGAAAUAGAUGCACCAUGGCAAUGAAAAUUUCAAAACAUGAUUUUAUUGAUAAAUUUUGUAUAUUUUGUUUUGAGGUAAAAAAAUGUUUUACAACAACAACGACAACAAAAACAACCCUAAAAAAACUUUUCCUCACCUUGACUUCCAUAAAGAAUUUCUUUAAAACAGUAAAGUAAAAUUGCCUAUUAUUAGAGUGGAACUGAAAUUUCAGAGUAUAUUGGAAAUUUAUUGGAACACAUGUAAAACCCAGUGGAACUGCGCAUUGGCUAUGGAGGGGAGUGGUGGGAUUAGAGGGAAAGAAUAUGAA